AAAAAUUAAAAGAGAAUGCCAUGUACUGAAACAAUUACAAGUAGUUACCAUUAUGUUAGACUUGUAACUGGAGUUCUCUUUUUCAUAAGUAUUUUUAUGAUCCUUUGUGUUUGUUACGCAAACCUGUUGCAGCAAUGUAAAAGACGAAAGCGAUAUUUUAUCAAGAAUGAUUACCUAAAAAAAUACAAGGUUUUUGCUGGGAUCUUAUCACCUUUGAUCAGAAACAAUCUUGGCUGGACAAAAAAUUUAGAAGUAAUUAAAAACAAAAAUGUAGAUGAUUUUCAACUCAGACAAAAUGUUAAGUUUGUAAAUGCAAGACUCGAUAAAAAGAAAUUUAAUUGUUCUUGGCCUUCUAAUAUUGAUUUGCUGAAUUCUAGAGAUGUUAAAUUUUUAAAAAGAUGUUCCAGCACCCAACACAUUCAUUUUAAAAAAGUUGAAAAAAGUCCAUCAAUGAGCACUUACAGUAGCUUGCCUAAUGUUUGUCAAGACAACCCAAGUGAACUGAAGUCAGGCGAUUGCCAAACUCAAAGUGAGCUUAUAAUUAGAAAUCCAAAUGUAAGCUGUAGUAAUAGAAGUGGUAUUCCCUCUCUUCAAGUAAACGGGGAAGAGCUUUUUUACGAUGAAACUUUAGAUGAAGUAGACGAGGGACAAAUGCAAUGCAUAAUGCAAUAUCAAAAGAGCAGGUCACUAAUUGUAAUAAAAUCAAUGUCCGUUCAAACGAUUAUCCCUCAGUAUAUCCCUGCCUUCUAUAUCGAAAUAUCAGUGAUACCUAGUCAUGAAAAUCAAGUGUGGUGUUCAAGAGUGUACCCGUCAAAAGAUGGAAUCAUUGAUAUAACGAUAAAUGAAAUGUUUGAAAUACAAGCUAAUGAUGAAGACAUAAAACAAAGAUCGCUCAUCAUAUCCGUUAAUCCUAUUAUAGGCAAUUUUAAACUUUAUGCAGAAACAGAUCUUGCCUAUUUAGACACUCCUAACGCACAAGAAAUUUAUUUGGGUGGUUUUUUAAAAGGUGUUUACACACUGUCGUGUUGAAUUUUUAAAAGCAUCAAUAACUUUUGUGAUUGGUUGAAACGCUUUGACAUCUUUUUCAACGGUUUAAAGUUUCUAACCGUGCUUUUGGAAAAAUCAAAAUUUUUUUCCACGUUUAAA